UGAUAGAGUGAGUGUCAGACAGGCAGGAAACUCAUCUCUCUUUUUUGCAAUAUCGAACGGCUUGUUACUGAACAUGCUAAAUGAAAUCUUGAUUGUGUUGAAUGUGCUUCGCUCUGGAAAAAGCGAAUAGGUUUCGCUAAUCUUGUCUAAUUCUAAAGAACAUUGGAAAUUUCAUCAUAUUAUGUUCCAAGAAAAAUAAAAAUCAUGGCUAUUCAUGACAUGCCAAGAUUUGCGCUAUGGCUGGCAUUCCUGUUCUUUGAACAUGUCUUGCAGUCCAAGGAAUUUGCCAUACUAAUGGCUGUUUUUAUCUUUUUGAGUGUAGUCAUCUUUGUAGCCUUCGUCGUGUGGACAUUAAGACCCAAAGCUCCAGAUUCAUUUCAUAUCCCAAGGGUAUCUUCGGGCAUCAGGAAGAUUGAGCGCUUACAGAGAGGAUCAAGCAGAAAACAGCAGCAAGGUUCCAACAGCAACGCAACCAGACCAACAGAGGGCGACAUUUCCAAUUAUGUAGAGUUUGAUGAUGAACCACCAGUGUCAUCAAGGGGAUACACAACUACCUCACGGCUUCAAAAUAUACCGGAGCAGGAGCCUGCUGUUGUAUGUAGAGGUAUCGACUACCAAGGAUCAACGAACCCGAAUACGAUGUCCCCAAUGGUAUGUGAGACCACGGCGGAGAUAGAACCUAGCGGGAAUAUGGGAGAUGUCAAGAUCUGUCUCACCCUGAAAUCAUCGGAUGUCAAAUAUUACCAGACGCCGGCCCAACCAAGAGAAGCGAACGUGAACCGUUCUCACUCCGACCGCCUGCCGAUGCGUGAAAAUGAGUAUAUGACCCCGGACGAUGCCCGCAGUGGCAGCGCCGGUGCGGCCGGUGACAGGUCCAUGCAGCGGAGUCGCACGCUGCCAAGAUUGCACGUGACAUCGCCAGCGGACCAAUCAGGAGACGCGCAGAAAAAUGACAAGAUAGCGCAGAAGAAUGGCAAGAAAGCGAAUUACCUCGAUCUUGCACACGAGUAUAUGCCAAUGGGGAAUGUCCCCGAGUACACCUAUAUGGACAGUGUGUUGGGCUUGAAUGCUUUAUAUGAAAAUUGACAAAUUAAUCAAGGACUGCAUUAUGUAGCAAAAGAUAAUUGUCGUUAUGUAUUGCACUCGUAAAUAGGAUUAAUUUUUGAGCCGGAAGUAUUUAGGACUCUGUACAAAACAAUACCGAACAGCUCUACUGUAUAAAAUUAUUAGAAGGAAAAUGAAUAAGAGUAAGAUAUAAAUACGUAUAGAUCCAAAUUUUGUUGAUAUACUGUUGAGUAUUGCUACAAAAAGUACAAAAGGCUAAUUGUACUCAAAUGCCAAUCCAACACGUAUUUUAGUUCAAAGAAAGACUCGGUUUAUCCUCAGUGUAAAUAAAAGAAAAUAGUUAUAUUAUUCGUAUCAUAAUCAUUCAUGAAGUUCUUAUUAGAGUUUUUUUUAUUAUAUUAACCAUCUAACAUGACAUUUCCCUCAAUUUGAGUUAUUACCCCUUUUCAGAAUUUGUUCAACUCUAAACGGAAUUAUGAAAUUCUUUAAUUAUAGCCACGUUUCUUCAAUGAACUAAUCAUCUAUCAUGUUAUUCAAGGAAAUAAUGCUUCUAACAUUUGGUUCCUACCAUUGGCGGCGACCACGGGGGACGGGGGGGGGGGUAUGGUAUGGUGUGCUUGCACCCCCUCCGAAUCAGAAUUUCAUAAUAUAGCGGCCUAAAUAAUAUGGUACCCCCCAUGCAAAUUGCAAUCAAAUUAGUGUUUUCAACGUGGAUAUUAUAAUGCAUUGUAAAAAAUAGUAAAAAUAAUACACUUUAUAUUCCAAGGUUAAUCUUGAAAUCGAAACUUUUGAUA